CUUCCGGGUGCGAGCGUGUUUUGGUGCAUGAGCAGACUAGCACAACAAUUGAAGAUAAUCUUCACUCAACACCAGAGCAGAUGUCUUCAGACUCUCCUCGCAGGAUGAGUCGCUGUGCUGGAGGAGCUCUGGUGCGAGCACAAGCUGCCACAGAACAGUCCUACAUGGAGAGUGUAGUCACCUUCCUACAAGAUGUAGUUCCUCAGGCUUACACUGGUGCUCUGCAAACGGACGAAAAGGAGAAAAUCAUUUGGGUUCGAUUUGAGAAGGCUGACAUCAAUGACUCUGCACGAAACCCCGAGUUCAUGGAGAUGCACGGUGGAGUCACGGACCCUCCCCUCUGUCUCAUGAUUGGCUACACUGAUGGCAUUCAGAUUUGGAGCAUAUCUGUGGCAGGAGAGGCCCAGGAACUGUUUUCUGUGCGACACGGUCCAGUCAGAACUGCUCGCAUUUUGCCAGCCCCGCAUAUCGGUCCUCUGGAAGUGGACAUCUUCUCUGACAAGAGACCCCUGCUGGGAGUUUGCAAGAGCACAGGAUCUUCAGGAACAAGUCCACCUUACUGCUGUGCUGACCUGUACUCUCUGAGGACAGGAGAGAUGGUCAAGUCCAUCCAGUUCAAGACCCAGAUCUAUGAUCUGCACUGCAACACUCAUAUUCUAGCAGUCAGCCUGCAGGAGAAGAUCGCUGCGUUCGACAGCUGCACCUUCACCAAGAAGUUUUUUGUCACAAGCUGCUAUCCCUCUCCUGGACACAAUCUCAAUCCUGUAGCCCUGGGCAGCCGCUGGCUAGCCUACGCUGAGAACAAGUUGAUCAGGUGUCACCAGUCUCGAGGAGGAGCAUGUGAUGAUAGUUCACAAUCCUACACAGCAACAGUGAUCAAUGCUGCCAAGACCCUGAAGAGCGGCCUGACCAUGGUUGGCAAGGUGGUGACCCAGUUGGCAGGUACUGUGCCGGCAAGCACGUCUGAUGAAGAAGGUUCUCCUCACACGGGGAGUCGUCGUAGUCUCCAUACCUCGGGGGUGGUCACCAUCAUUGACACGCACAGUGUUGGCGAAGGGCAGGUCCUGGUGAGCGAGGACUCUGACGGAGGAGGAGUGGUGGCUCACUUCCCGGCUCACGACAAGCCAAUAUCCUGCAUGCAGUUCAGUCCCAGCGGUAUGCUGCUGGUGACCGCUGACAUCCUGGGUCAUGACUUCCACGUCUUCCAGGUCCUCACCCACCCAUGGACCUCCUCCCAGAGUGCCGUGCACCACCUGUACACCUUGCACCGCGGGGAGACCGAGGCCAAGGUCCAGGACAUGUGUUUCAGCCAAGACAGUCGCUGGGUGGCCAUCAGUACACUUCGUGGUACCACGCACGUAUUCCCCAUCAACCCGUACGGCGGCGCCCCCUGCACCCGCACACACUUGUCCCCGCGGGUGGUCAACCGGAUGUCCCGCUUCCAGAAGAGUGCGGGCCUGGAGGACAUCGAGCAGGACUUGAACAGAGCGGCCGCCUAUGGAGGCGGGGCAGGCGGCGGCGGCGGCGGCCUGGGAGGAGGCGGCUGUGUCCUGGGAGGAAGCAUGGGGGGUCGCUGUAGUCCCAUACCUGGACUCUCCAGUAGUCCUUCAGGGUCCCCGCUGCACGCCAAGCUGAGCAGUCCAGAGUCGUACAACAACUUGAGUCACAACAACAUGAACAACCCUCGACUGUCUGCUACCAACACCACUUUGCUACUACUACUUCCUCUGGUGCAGAUCAAACAACCUCUCACCCUGGGCAACAUCACCAAGAGGACCAGCAAAACUAAACCACCAUCACAGAUUUCUCCAAGCAAGUCUGCUGGAGGAGAGUUCUGUGUGGCCGCCAUCUUUGCUUCAUCCCGCUCCUGGUUCAUCAGCAACCCCACCAUGAAGAGAGAGAAAGACCAGCCAAGGCAAAGUGUGGUGGACUCACUGUACAUCAUCAGUUGCUAUGGUAACCUGGUGGAACACGUUCUGGAACCUCGGCCAAUCAUCACAGCCCAGAAAAAAAGCGACGACACGGCUUUAGAACUUUGCAGUUCUCCAAGGGCCUGCUGGACCCUGGCCAGAACUCCACAAUGGAAUGAACUGCAGCCGCCCUUCAACACCAACCAUCCCUUGGUCUUGGCCUCUGACUUAGUGCGGUCCUGCCAGGAACUUUUGGCUGGUACGUCCCUGAGUCGCGUCCAGCAACACGCGGAGUCAUCAGAGAUGCGAGCGUGCGAGGCGAGAGGACAAUACGACGAGGAGUGGCUCUCCCAGGUGGAGAUCGUCACUCACACCGGUCCACAUCGCCGCCUGUGGAUGGGACCCCAGUUUCAGUUCAAGACCAUCCACCCUUCAGGCCAGACCACCGUCAUUUCCUCCUCGUCCUCGGUCCUGCAGUCUCAGGGUCCGCCUGACGCCCAGCAGCCUCUCCUGGACUUUGACACGGACACCCUGGACUUGCACAGUCUGAGGAUCCAGCCGCUGCGCUCCGAUCCAGUCAGCAUGCCCGGGUCUUCAGGGCUGCCAUCCGACCGUCUAGGCCAGGUGAACAUCAUGGACGCCGGACCAGACACGUUGGACGGGUGUGGCGUGACGCUGCUGGAGGUUUGUGGCAGCUGGCCGGAGAGUUUUGGCGUGCCGAGACACAACUUGGCGUUCUCCGAGUCCACCGAUGAAGGUCUGAGGGAGCGUUUGGCCGACGCCAUGUCGGAGUUUCCUUCUCGCGACAUCGAGGGUUCUGCUACAGAGCUGCAGAGAGAAGGAAGCAUCGAGACUUUGAGUAACAGUUCAGGUUCUACAAGUGGAAGUAUCCCAAGGACUUUUGAAGGUUAUCGCUCUCCUCUUCCAACCAAUGAGAACCAACCUCUCAGCCUCUUCUCCAACAACUUCCCAUGAACACACACACACACACACACACACACACACACACACACACACACACAUUAUAUUACACACACUAUACUA